AUGCAAAUAAAGAUAAUGGAAAAAUUAAAAGAAGAUAUCAUUGAAGAGUUAAAGAAUGCCAUUUCUGCUAGUGAAUGCAGGAUUCUACAAAAAAUUGACUUGGUUAAUGAAAAAAUAAAAGAAUUAGAAGAAGAAAAUAAAACACUCAAAGAAACAGUAGAACAUGUACACCAAACCGUGAAGAAAAAAUUUUAUUUAUUUUUGGACGUCAAAGAAAGCGACAUAAGUGACCUUUAUCUUAUUGGCAGGGGCCCAUUAAAAAUAGAAUUAACUACUAAAUUUACAAAAGUAAAUAUACUGAGAAAUUGCAAGAAAUUGAAAGGUACGAAUAUUACUAUUACUUCGGACUUAAUCAAAGCUCAGCAAGAGAGAAAUAAAAUCUUAGCAAAACGCCUGAAAGAAAUUAGAAAACAAACGAAGGACAGGUGUUAUAUAAAGGGAGAGAAACUGUACAUUAAUAUUAAAGCUUACACUGUUGAAGACAUUUCCCUUGAAGAAAAAUUAGAAGAGGAAAAGCGCCUUUCACAGAAGCAAAAAGUUAUCAACACCCCAUCACCACCUAUACCUGAAGAAGUUUUCGAAAGUGACUGCACAAAAGAAGCGGCACAUGAAAGGAAAUAA